UAAAAUUUAUACAUAAUUAUUUGAAAAUGCAGAACGUUAGACUAAGUAAGGCUUAUAGCCAUAAGCAGCCACCCAGUGAUUACUUCAAGAAAGUGAGAAAAAGUGAAGGACCUCAGAAGAAAGGAGAGAAGUUGUAUAAGAUAAAUAACUAUGUUUCACAGGAUUCAAGUCCAUAUGAGACCAAUUCUGUGUCUUCCUCUGCUAUUAUGGGCAAUUUUGGUACUGCUUCUUCAGAGAUAGAAAAUAAUAAGAAUUUUGAAGUUUUGCUGAAGCAACAGAAGGAAUUGCUAGAUUUGCAAUCAAGUGUUCAAAAGUCUCUCCAAAUGAUACAGGAGAGGCUCAAAGAAGAGAAGACCACAAAAGUUAUGAAGAAGAAAAAGGAUAAUUUGGCCAGGAUCUCAAGUGCUUCAUGAUACAAGAAGGAAGCAGCCACUCCUGAAAAGACUUAUCAGGGAUCUUCAAUGCUGCACCGAUCCCAAAGUGGAACUGGCCUUUCAAUGGGGACUAGUUUUAAGAGAAGGGUUAAGAACAAUCAAUCCUUUGUUUCACAUGCAAAGGGAUAUGUUGAUUAUUCAGAAGUUACAAACGAGGGAGAUUCUGUUAUUCCGAAAGAGAUGGUCUCUCCAUGAAAGAAAAUUGUGAAUAAGUCCAUUUGCAAAAAUGAUGGAUCAGCAAGAAGAACAAGAGCAAUGCGGUCACAUGUUGCUUCAAAGGAGCCAACCCAGAGAAGUUGUAUGCUGAACACCAGUAUAAAUAAUGCUAGCUCUAUUGGAAAGACUUUCCACAGGAAGAAGAGAGAUAACAAAUCUUUUAUCAACUUCAAUCCUAAAACUGAUAUUAGGGCAAAUACUCCAUUUUUGAACAGAAAGACAAACAAGACUCCUUGCAAGAAUAACUUGAGCAUUAUCCAUAAGAGCCAGAAGGAUAUUGAGGGGAGAGAGAUGUCUAGGAAUAAUCCAACUAAGAUGCUCAGGCUUGAGCUUUUGAAAGCAGGAAGAAAUGUCACCAUGAAACAUUUGAACAACUUAUGCACUAGAGCAACACCCGAAAUAAAAUAAGGCAAUGCAGGUCUUCUGUAUGCUUCUGAACGUAUUCAAGCUUGAAGAGAGGAGGAUCAAAGUCACAACUUAUAUGAACUGGGGCAGCUUAUGAAAAUAUAUAUGCAAGCAUAACACCUCGAUCACAUCUGAAGUGAUCAGUGCUGCCAACAAGAUCGAGAAGGGAGCUUUCAAUACUGACCUGAUGGAGAAAAUGAUCGAUGAGUUCCAGCUGAUCGACCUCAGAGGCAAAGUUGACUCCUCCCUGAGGGUCAUUUAUGGGUACCUCAAGGCAGCUGUAGAAUUUUAUGAUUUAAAACAAAACCCUCGACAAGAAACUGAUAAGAAAUGCUAUUCUUCUGUUAUAGAUUCCCACCUAAAUCAGGAAAGAUCGUUGGCAAAGCCACAAAUCACUGAAAGACUUGAAAGCAAAAGGAAGUACAGCGACUUAAGCUGAUCCAAAGAUGGCAACAAUAUUAUGAAGAAGACUUAUAAGAUCAAUCAGAAUGAAGAUUCCUUUUAUUCCAGCAAGAAAUCAGGAAAUUAUCAGAAACACAAGAAUACAGCCCCUCAAAGAGUCAAUGAGAGUGUCAAAACAAUCUUGAUGAAGCCAGUCAAGACAAUUAACGAAAGUUUUGAGAAAAGAUCCACACUAACAAGAUCCUUUUCCAAUUUUUCAAGAAAUCCCAAAAAUACAUUUAAACUAAACAGGGAUGCUGCUCAGCAUAAUGAAAAUGAGAGUGAGCCGAACGAUGCUUCUAACUUGCCUUCUCCUGUAAAGCAUAACAAGCCAUUAAUGACGAGGAUCAACCCUAAGCUUGCUCAAGACUGUAACAUAAGUUCCUCUAAGGAGUCAAUACGGAAGGUUAUUAUUGAGUCUCCUCUUAAGGAGAUGAACAAAUCUAUCAGUAAUAAUAAUUUAUCAUUGAUGCAGAUUGAUUCUGUAACGAAGAUUAUUACUGAAGAAUCUUUUGAAGAUAGAAGCAGCAAUUUUUAUGAAACUCCGAAGUCAAUUUUUAAUACCUUCACUAAUGAACAACAUCCGUUCGAUUCUUACAGGAGAUAUGCAAGUGAGCAUGAGCAAGAACUUAAGGUGAAGCCUGAGAAAUUUGAAAAUAUUGAGUUUGAAGAAAGCGAUUCUAGCUAUUCUGAGCUGAAUAUUGAUCUAAAGCAGUGAGAUAAGGCUAGUAAUGACUCUUCCAAUAUGACUCCGAGAUUAGAGAGACAGAAGGAUAUUCAAACACCCAAGAAAAUGAACAGAGAAAUCACUUUCACAGAAAGUAUGGCUAGGCCAAAGCUGUCUCCUGAGCAUAUUGCCAUAGUUCAGAAACUGACAAGCAAUAGAAAGAGAGAAAUUGAGGAGCAAGAGAACGAACUGAGUCCAACAUCCGUUCACAACUGACAAGUUCCCGUGUUCACACUUGAAAGCACCAAAAGCCUGGAGAAGGAGAACUCAGACAUGUUCUCAAGCCCUGAGUCUAUCAGAGAGAAAAGAAGACUAGAAAUAAUGGAGAGGCUCGACAAUUUAUUAUAG